GAGGGUUGGGGGUUUAGGGUUACCUUAUCAAGUCAUCUUAACUUGGAUUUAAUCUUUAAACAUAAACUACUGUCUCUUAAAACAACUGCAAUCAGCUUGUCUUGAAUAUAACAUUAAGCAUCAGCUGUACAUCUAUAGACACUCCUCAUGUUUGUCUCUGUUCUGAAGCAGCAGGAAGUGAGUCUCGUCAAACACACUUUGAAAGUACAUUGCAAGUAAAAACUACUAGACUGCUGGUGGGAAUAUAUUUCCUCUGGAGCUCCAACUAGAAUAUGUCAAGUAAAAUGGACUUCGGUGACGCCCAACAUCUCUCAGAGCUGAGGAUUGUGUUGAUGGGUCAUAGAUAUGCUGGUAAGAGUUCAGCAGGAAACACCAUCCUGGGCAGAGAGGAGUUUGACUUGAAGACAUCUGCUCAGUGUGUGAGGAGACAUGGAGAAGUAGCAAACAGACACAUCACUGUCAUUGAAGCUCCAGGAUGGUGGAAGAAUUACACUGUAGAGAUGAGUCCUGAGAUACUGAAACAGGAGAUUUUGCUCAGUAUGUCUCUGUGUCCUCCAGGACCACACGCUGUACUACUGAUCAUACGUGUGAACAUUAAAUUUAAAGAGAGUGAGAGAAAAGCAUUGCAGGGUCAUCUGGAUCUUCUCAGUGAGAGAGUCUGGAGUCACACUAUAGUUCUGUUCACUCAUGGAGACUAUCUGUUAGACACAUCUAUAGAGCGGCACAUUGAGAGUGAAGGACAGGAUCUCCAGUGGCUGCUGGACAAAUGUGGGAACAGGUAUCAUGUUCUCAACAAUCACAACAGGAGUGACGACACUCAGAUCAAGGAGCUGCUGGAGAAGAUUGAGGAGACAGUGGCACAAAACAACGGCUGCCAUUUUGAAAUAGACAGAAAGAUUUUACAGGAGGUGGAAGAGAGAAAAAGAGCAGAGGAAGAGAGAGCAGAAGAACGAAUGAAGAAGAUGCAAAAAAGGAGAGAAAACAUCAGAUCACAGAUGAGUGACGCCCAACAUCUCUCAGAGCUGAGGAUUGUGUUGAUGGGGUAUAGAUAUGCUGGUAAGAGUUCAUCAGGAAACACCAUCCUGGGCAGAGAGGAGUUUGACUUGAAGACAUCUGCUCAGUGUGUGAGGAGACAUGGAGAAGUAGCAGACAGACACAUCACUGUCAUUGAAGCUCCAGGAUGGUGGAGUAAUUACACUGUAGAGGAGAGUCCUGAGAUACUGAAACAGGAGAUUUUGCUCAGUAUGUCUCUGUGUCCUCCAGGACCACACGCUGUACUACUGAUCAUACGUGUGAACAUUAAAUUUAAAGAGACUGAGAGAAAAGCAGUGCAGGGUCAUCUGGAUCUUCUCAGUGAGAGAGUCUGGAGUCACACUAUAGUUCUGUUCACUCGUGGAGACUAUCUGUUAGACACAUCUAUAGAGCAGCACAUUGAGAGUGAAGGACAGGAUCUCCAGUGGCUGCUGGACAAAUGUGGGAACAGGUAUCAUGUUCUCAACAAUCACAACAGGAGUGACGACACUCAGAUCAAGGAGCUGCUGGAGAAGAUUGAGGAGACAGUGGCACAAAACAACGGCUGCCAUUUUGAAAUAGACAGAAAGAUUUUACAGGAGGUGGAAGAGAGAAAAAGAGCAGAGGAAGAGAGAGCAGAAGAACGAAUGAAGAAGAUGCAAAAAAGGAGAGAAAACAUCAGAUCACAGAUGAGUGACGCCCACUACCUCUCAGAGCUGAGGAUUGUGUUGAUGGGGUAUAAUAAUGCUGGUAAGAGUUCAACAGGGAACACCAUCCUGGGCAGAGAGGAGUUUGACUUGAAGAGAUCUGCUCAGUGUGUGAGGAGACAUGGAGAAGUAGCAGACAGACACAUCACUGUCAUUGAAGCUCCAGGAUGGAGGAGUAAUUUCACUGUAGAGGACAGUCCUGAGAUACUGAAACAGGAGAUUUUGCUCAGUGUGUCUCUGUGUCCUCCAGGACCACACGCUGUACUACUGAUCAUACCUGUGGGCAGAUUUAAAGAGACUGAGAGAAAAGCAGUGCAGGAUCAUCUGGAUCUUCUCAGUGAGAGAGUCUGGAGUCACACUAUAGUUCUGUUCACUAAUGGAGACUUUCUGUUAGACACAUCUAUAGAGCAGCACAUUGAGAGUGAAGGACAGGAUCUCCAGUGGCUGCUGGACAAAUGUGGGAACAGGUAUCAUGUUCUCAACAAUCACAACAGGAGUGACGACACUCAGAUCAAGGAGCUGCUGGAGAAGAUUGAGGAGACAGUGGCAGAAAACAACGGCUGCCAUUUUGAAAUAGACAGAAAGAUUUUACAGCAGGUGGCAGAGAGAAAAAGAACACAGGAAGAGAGAGCAAAAGAACGAAUGAAGAUGAUGCAAAAAAAGAGAGAAAACAUCAGAUCACAGAUGAGUGACGCCCACUACCUCUCAGAGCUGAGGAUUGUGUUGAUGGGGUAUAAUAAUGCUGGUAAGAGUUCAACAGGGAACACCAUCCUGGGCAGAGAGGAGUUUGACUUGAAGAGAUCUGCUCAGUGUGUGAGGAGACAUGGAGAAGUAGCAGACAGACACAUCACUGUCAUUGAAGCUCCAGGAUGGAGGAGUAAUUACACUGUAGAGGACAGUCCUGAGAUACUGAAACAGGAGAUUUUGCUCAGUGUGUCUCUGUGUCCUCCAGGACCACACGCUGUACUACUGAUCAUACCUGUGGGCAGAUUUAAAGAGACUGAGAGAAAAGCAGUGCAGGAUCAUCUGGAUCUUCUCAGUGAGAGAGUCUGGAGUCACACUAUAGUUCUGUUCACUAAUGGAGACUUUCUGUUAGACACAUCUAUAGAGCAGCACAUUGAGAGUGAAGGACAGGAUCUCCAGUGGCUGCUGGACAAAUGUGGGAACAGGUAUCAUGUUCUCAACAAUCACAACAGGAGUGACGACACUCAGAUCAAGGAGCUGCUGGAGAAGAUUGAGGAGACAGUGGCAGAAAACAACGGCUGCCAUUUUGAAAUAGACAGAAAGAUUUUACAGCAGGUGGCAGAGAGAAAAAGAACACAGGAAGAGAGAGCAAAAGAACGAAUGAAGAUGAUGCAAAAAAAGAGAGAAAACAUCAGAUCACAGAUGAGUGACGCUCAACAUCUCUCAGAGCUGAGGAUUGUGUUGAUGGGGUAUAAACUUGCUGGUAAGAGUUCAACAGGAAACACCAUCCUGGGCAAAGAGGAGUUUGACUUGAAGAGAUCUGCUCAGUGUGUGAGGAGACAUGGAGAAGUAGCAGACAGACACAUCACUGUCAUUGAAGCUCCAGGAUGGUGGAGUAAUGAACCUGUAGAGGACAGUCCUGAGUUACUGAAACAGGAGAUUUUGCUCAGUGUGUCUCUGUGUCCUCCAGGACCACACGCUGUACUACUGAUCAUACGUGUGGACUACAGAUUUAAAGAGACUGAGAGAAAAGCAUUGCAUGAUCAUCUGGAUCUUCUCAGUGAGAGAGUCUGGAGUCACACUAUAGUUCUGUUCACUCAUGGAGACUCUCUGUUAGACACAUCUAUAGAGCAGCACAUUGAGAGUGAAGGACAGGAUCUCCAGUGGCUGCUGGACAAAUGUGGGAACAGGUAUCAUGUUCUCAACAAUCACAACAGGAGUGACGACACUCAGAUCAAGGAGCUGCUGGAGAAGAUUGAGGAGACAGUGGCACAAAACAACGGCUGCCAUUUUGAAAUAGACAGAAAGAUUUUACAGGAAGUGGAAGAGAGAAGAAGAGCACAGGAAGAGAGAGCAGAAGAACGAAUGAAGAGGAUGAAAAAACAAAGAGACGACAUCAGAUCACAGAUGAGUGAUGCUCAACAUCUCUCAGAGCUGAGGAUUGUGUUGAUGGGGUAUAGAAUUUAUGGUAAGAUCUCAGCAGGAAACACUGACCUGGGCAGAGAGGAGUUUGACUUGAAGAGAUCUGCUCAGUGUGUGAGGAGACAUGGAGAAGUAGCAGACAGACACAUCACUGUCAUUGAAGCUCCAGGAUGGUGGAGGAAUUACACUUCAGAGUUCAGUCCUGAGAUACUGAAACAGGAGAUUUUGCUCAGUGUGUCUUUGUGUCCUCCAGGACCACACGCUGUACUACUGAUCAUACGUGUGGACACUAGAUUUAAAGAGACUGAAAGAAAAGCAGUACAGGAUCAUCUGUAUCUUCUCAGUGAGAGAGUCUGGAGUCACACUAUAGUUCUGUUCACUCAUGGAGACUCUCUGUUAGACACAUCUAUAGAGCAGCACAUUGAGAGUGAAGGACAGGAUCUCCAGUGGCUGCUGGACAAAUGUGGGAACAGGUAUCAUGUUCUCAACAAUCACAACAGGAGUGACGACACUCAGAUCAAGGAGCUGCUGGAGAAGAUUGAGGAGACAGUGGCACAAAACAACGGCCGCCAUUUUGAAAUAAACAGAAAGAUUUUACAGGAGAUGAAAGAGAGAAGAAGAGCAGAGGAAGAGAGAGCAGAAGAACGAAUGAAGAAGAUAAAAAAACAGAGAGACGACAUCAGAUCACAGAUGAGUGAUGCUCAACAUCUCUCAGAGCUGAGGAUUGUGUUGAUGGGGUAUAGAGAAGCUGGAAAGAGUUCAGCAGGAAACACCAUCCUGGGCAGAGAGGAGUUUGACUUGAAGAGAUCUGCUCAGUGUGUGAGGAGACAUGGAGAAGUAGCAGACAGACACAUCACUGUCAUUGAAGCUCCAGGAUGGUGGAUUGAUGUUCCUGUAGAGGACAGUUCUGAGUUACUGAAACAGGAGAUUUUGCUCAGUGUGUCUCUGUGUCCUCCAGGACCACACGCUGUACUACUGAUCAUACGUGUGGACACUGGAUUUAAAGAGACUAGGAGGAAAGUAGUGCAGGGUCAUCUGGAUCUUCUCAGUGAGAGAGUCUGGAGUCACACUAUAGUUCUGUUCACUCAUGGAGACUCUCUGUUAGACACAUCUAUAGAGCAGCACAUUGAGAGUGAAGGACAGGAUCUCCAGUGGCUGCUGGACAAAUGUGGGAACAGGUAUCAUGUUCUCAACAAUCACAACAGGAGUGACGACACUCAGAUCAAGGAGCUGCUGGAGAAGAUUGAGGAGACAGUGGCACAAAACAACGGCUGCCAUUUUGAAAUAGACAGAAUGAUUUUACAGGUGAUGAAAAAGAGAAGAAGAGUAGAGGAAGAAAGAGCAGAAGAACGAAGGAAAAAUAUAAAGAAACAGAGAGAUGACAUCAGAUCACAGAUGAGUGACGCUCAACAUCUCUCAGAGCUGAGGAUUGUGUUGAUGGGGUAUAGAGCUGCUGGUAAGAGUUCAGCAGGAAACACCAUCCUGGGCAGAGAGGAGUUUGACUUGAAGAGAUCUGCUCAGUGUGUGAGGAGACAUGGAGAAGUAGCAGACAGACACAUCACUGUCAUUGAAGCUCCAGGAUGGUGGAGUAAUUUCACUGUAGCGGAGAGUCCUGAGAUACUGAAACAGGAGAUUUUGCUCAGUGUGUCUCUGUGUCCUCCAGGACCACACGCUGUACUACUGAUCAUACGUGUGGACACUAGAUUUAAAGUAACUGAGAGAAAAGCAGUGCAGGAUCAUCUGAAUCUUCUCAGUGAGAGAGUCUGGAGUCACACUAUAGUUCUGUUCACUCAUGGAGACUCUCUGUUAGACACAUCUAUAGAGCAGCACAUUGAGAGUGAAGGACAGGAUCUCCAGUGGCUGCUGGACAAAUGUGGGAACAGGUAUCAUGUUCUCAACAAUCACAACAGGAGUGACGACACUCAGAUCAAGGAGCUGCUGGAGAAGAUUGAGGAGAAACAAAACAACGGCUGCCAUUUUGAAAUAGACAGAAUGAUUUUACAGGAGAUGAAAGAGAGAAGAAGAGCAGAGGAAGAGAGAGCAGAAGAACGAAUGAAGAAGAUAAAAAAACAGAGAGAUGACAUCGGAGCACAAAUGAGUGACGCUCAACAUCUCUCAGAGCUGAGGAUUGUGUUGAUGGGUGGUAGAGAAGCUGGUAAGAGUUCAGCAGGAAACACCAUCCUGGGCAGAGAGGAGUUUGACUUGAAGAGAUCUGCUCAGUGUGUGAGGAGACAUGGAGAAGUAGCAGACAGACACAUCACUGUCAUUGAAGCUCCAGGAUGGUGGAGUAAUCACACUGUAGAGGAGAGUCCUGAGUUACUGAAACAGGAGAUUUUGCUCAGUGUGUCUCUGUGUCCUCCAGGACCACACGCUGUACUACUGAUCAUACCUGUGGAUUACAGAUUUAAAAAGACUUACAGAAAAGCAAUACAGGGUCAUCUGGAUCUUCUCAGUGAGAGAGUCUGGAGUCACACUAUAGUUCUGUUCACUCAUGGAGACUUAUUGUUAGACACAUCUAUAGAGCAGCACAUUGAGAGUGAAGGACAGGAUCUCCAGUGGCUGCUGGACAAAUGUGGGAACAGGUAUCAUGUUCUCAACAAUCACAACAGGAGUGACGACACUCAGAUCAAGGAGCUGCUGGAGAAGAUUGAGGAGACGGUGGCACAAAACAACGGCCGCCAUUUUGUAGAAAUAGACAGAAUUAUUUUAAAGGACAUGAAAGAGAUAAAAAGAAAGAGAGCAGAAGAACGAAUUAACAGAAUGAAAAAACAGAGAGACGACAUCAGAUCACAGACGAUCAGUGGAGCUGAAGGACCUGAUUCAUGUUCUCUGGGAAGUUCUGCUUAUAGUUCAUUUAGAUCAUCUGAAGCAGACGGCAGGUCAAUUGUUGGGUCAUCACAAUCCAGAGAUUCAUCUCUCAUAAGUAGAUUCAAGCCAGGGGUCCUGAAAAUAUUUAACAGCAUGGAAUUAAUACCACCACUGAUGACUGGGGAUGAUCGGUCGGACACAUUGUCUCUGAGAAACUCUGCUUACGGUUCAUUGGGAUCACUGUCAGAAGCAGACAGCAGGUCAAUUUUCAGAUCAUCAUGUUCCAGAGAUUCAUCUCACACAAGAAGACAUGAGUCAGGGGACUUAAGAUUAUAUAACAGCAUGGAGUUACUACCACCACUCAUGAGUGGAGAUGAGCGAUCGGACACAAGGUCUAUGGGAAGUUCUGCUUACGGUUCGUUCAGAUCACGAUCAGGAGCAGAGAGUGAUUCAGCUUUAGGCUCAUCACAUGUAAAAGUCUCCUCUCACAGCUCAGGAUUCAGGUCUGUUGAGACUAUUUCUGAGUCUGUGGAACAUUCAGAAAUCAAAGAAACACAGGACGCGUUCAAGAUCUCAAAACAUGAACACGAAGACACUGAGAAGACAUGAAUGAUGUUGAAUUAAUGAAGUCAAGUCAAGUCACCUUUAUUUAUAUAGCGCUUUUUACAAUGCAGCUUUACAGUGAUAACUGGUAUAUAAUUUUGGCUGCACAGCAGCUCUUAAAGAAAAUGGUGUCAUUGUCCAGCUUAAGUAAAUUCAGUAUUGAUUCAUUCCAUUGUAAAAAUCAAUAGUUAUUAAUUUAGUUCAUUUAUUUAUAUAUCAGCACUGGAGAAAACAGUGAUGUCAUCGUCCAGCUCAGUUCAGUUCGCAUACAAUGGCAUCAAUGCAGACAGAUCAAAAACAUUGUUGAAUAUCAAGUGACAGGUGACAACGGCAAGGUGAUCCAACAGGUGACAUCAGGUGACAAACAGGUGAUAAAAAUGGGGAAAAAAACCUUGGGAGAAACCAGGCUCAGUUGGGGGGGCCAGUUAAUCUCCUCUGGCCAGCAACGAACAGUGCAUGAUUAUGAUUCAGGCAGCUUUACAGGUCAUAAAUCCGAUUGGGACAGUCAAAAUAUUUAAUCCAGUUCCAUCUAGUUGAAAAUCAUAUUCAUCACACCGGUAUGGGACAGUUUGUUGGGAAUCUGUGCCACUGGCUGUUGUGCAGAUGAGGCCUUCACGGGAUGAUCUAGUUGACACAAUCUCUGCUGACACUUCAGGGCUGCGUUGUGGUUGUGUCUAGGUGCAGGCCCUCAAUCUCACCUGGAUACGGCUCGGAUCCGACUGACUACGGUAAACCUCGGGAUAAACAGAGAGACUAAUAUUAGCGUACAUCUGGUGUUAUAGGAAGUGUUGCCGGUUCCGGCUGACCUAAUUUAUGCAGCCUAACAAUCCUUUAACGGAUUUGAAAACAUAAAUUGAUAAUGUGUCAUCUGUAUGCCAGGUUAAAGAGAUGCGUUUUUUAGUCUAGAAUUUAAACUGACAGAGUGUGUCUGCUUCCCGAACAAUGCUAGGCAGAUUGUUCCAGAGUUUAGGUGCCAAAUGGAGAAGGAUUCAGUUGACUUUGAUAAUCUAGGUAUUAUCAACUGGCCUGAAUUCUGAGAUCGCAAUAGAUGGGAAGGACUAUAAUGUGUUAAGAGCUCACUCAGAUACUGGGGAGCUAAACCAUUUUGUGCUUUGUAAGUGAUUAGCAAGAUUUUAAAAUCUGUACAAUGUUUAAUAGGGUGGCUCCCUAUUGACAGAACUCCCUAUUGCAGUGUUGACAGAACGGGGCUAAUAUGGUCAUACUUCUUAGUUCUAGUAAGAACUCUAGCUGCUGCGUUUUGGACCAGCUGUAGUUUGUUUAUCAAGCAAGCAGGGCAACCACUCAGUAAAGCGUUACAGUAAUCUAGCCUUGAGGUCAUGAACGCAUGAACUAACUGUUCUGCAUUUGUCAUUAAGAGCAUAUGUCGUAGUUUAGAUAUAUUUUUAAGAUGGAAGAAUGCAGUUUUACAAAUGCUAGAAAUGUGGCUUUCAAAUGAAAGAUUGGUAUCAAAGAAUGAAAAUGAAGUGAUGGCUGUAUAAUCUUGACUUUUGACAUUUUAAAUCAGGUUUAACUACUAAAUAUACAAAACAGCAUAAAGUUAUGACUAUAAAAAUUAAACCUGUAUAUCAAGUAUUAUUUAUAUCUCUGUGAAACUACUAACAUGUACAUUUGUAAUAUAAUGUUUUUCUCUCAAUUUUUCUCAUUAGCAAAUGGAACAAAAGGUCAAAUUACAGGGUUACAAUGUCAAAUCACAGUACAUUUUCUACAUCUUGAUAUACAUCACACUUUUCUUAAUGGUUUAUAUACAUAAUCCAUUUUCCCCAGUACUUGUCAUAUUUUUCUAAAUAAAACCUUACAAUAAAUGUCUUUCUAUA